AUGUUUAGAAUCGCAGACCAGGCUGCCAUUAGUCGAACUCGUACUCCAGGUUCAGUCCGAGCGAGCGGAAGUACUGGGUCUUGUGGAAGUAACCGUGAUCGAGAUAAAAAUUUGCAAUUCUCGUUUGUCGCAACCAGUACGCCGCUGAGCGAUUGCUUAAAUACCGUAGGUGGCAAGUCUAAGUUCCUUUUCUUUGUUGUAAUGCUCGACGUUCCUUCACUUGAUAUUAGGAUCACCUCACAUGCAUCUUCAACAAGGAGUUCUUCAAAGAGGUUUGCUGAAAUUUUCACGGGUGGUGCGGCUGAGCCGAGCCCAAUCACAUGCGAGGAGAUACUGACGACACCAGACAUACUUGGGAUAAAAAAAAAUGGAAAAGUUGACUGGAAAAGGCAACGAUUCUUACAUUGCUUAAGUCUAGGUGCUACAAUAAAAGUUCGAUUUUUAUGGAACACGGAUCUUGAAUUUGAUUUUCUGAAGCAGGGAAGCAUUGAAGAAGCAACGCACUGA